AUGUCAUUUAAACAACAUAUUAAAGUUCAUGAAAAAAAUGCUUUGAACGGAUUUCUUUUAGUUCGACCUGUAUGGGUUGACGACGAAACUGUUAAAACUUGUAAAAAUUGUAGAACUUCUUUUACACCCAUCCGUCGAAAGCAUCAUUGUCGUCAAUGUGGAAACAUUUUUUGUCAAGAAUGCACUUCUCGAAGUAUUGCGUUACCUCAGUUCGGUUAUGUGAAACCGGAACGAGUUUGUAGUGGAUGCAUCGAAAUUGCAUAUCUUGUUGGAUACGUAGUUUCUGAUGACAACUCGACUCAAUUACAUGGAGCUAGAGGAUUACUGGACAUUGUUGAACGAGGAAAUGAACAAGAAUUAUUAAAUUUCAUUAAUUAUGGAGGAUUGGAUGCAUUAGUGUAUUUGUGUCGAACAUCGCAAGAAUCUGAUCUCCAAUCUCUCAAACCGUAUAUUAUUAUGAAAGGAGGACUUCCGUAUUUAUACAAUCUCGUUUUAUUUUAUUAUGAUAAAGUGGGACCGGAAUCAUCGGAUAUUUCAAUUACAGAGAAAUAUUUAGAUUCUGUUUCGUCUAUCAUUCUUAAUAUUGGGAAUAUAUUAUAUUAUCUAUCUAUCUCAGGUUCGUUAUGUCAAAGGAUGUUACCCGAUAAUGCAUCUUUGGAUGCAAUUUUAAAAUUAGCAAGUUUUCAAUUCGUGGAAUUAACACAAGGAUUAGCAUCUAAAACUCUUUCAUGUUUAGCCAUUAAUCCAUCUCAUCAAUUAUUAAUAAUCGAAUCAUCUAUAGAAGGAUUGGAUCGUUUAAUUAAUUUAUUAUUAUCAAAUAUUUAUGAAGUUAGGAAAUAUGCAGCAAAAUCAAUAGCAUAUUUAUCAUUAAGAAAUGAUAAAUAUAAAUCUGCUUUAAUUAAAGAUGGAAGAGCGGAGACAAUUGCAUCUAUAAUCAAUGUUGAAGAUGAAGAAUCAGCUAAAGCUGAUCAAGUGACAAUAUCACAUACAUGUUGUGCGAUGGCAAAUUUAGCAACAAAUGAAAUUCAAAGACAUAUAGCGAGGUUAUUAGCAAAUUUUGCAUUAUAUGAUGAAAAUAAGAUUCGAAUGUUAUCGUAUCAAAUAAUUUCAAUUGAUGAUGAAGUGAAUAAUCAAACUGAAGAAUCUUGGGGAAGUGUAAUUCCAACUUUAAUAGCUAUUGGUGAUUCCCCAGUAUCUAAUGUGGAAAUUCAACGUCAUAUUAUUAGAGCUAUUGAUAAUCUUUCAACUGAAGUUCCAUCGGGAUCACAUUCUAAACUUACACCUUGUAUACCUUUAAUAAAUCGAAUAUUGGAUACAGUUAAAGAUGAAGAUAUUCAAAGGGAGAAAGUAGAAAAAGGUUUAUCUGUGCCACAAUUACCACCAAUUAAAAAACAUAGCAAUGGAAAAAAUUUGUUGAAAGUUUUUCCAAAUGAUCAUAAUUUGGUCUCAAUUCCGGGAUGGACCAUUGUAGAUGGAAUGUUUGGUCUUAAUAAACAUGUUUCCUAUCAAAUCGUAUAUCGAUAUUGGGAUAAUGGAAAUAUUACUAAGAUAUUAAUCAAUAAACGAUAUAAUGAUUUCUAUCAAUUUCAUCAAAGUUUAAUUAGAAAAUAUGGAAAGGAUAUUAUAUUAUAUUUACCUCCAAAGCAGAGAGAAGGAAGAUUUAUACCUAGAUUUAUUGAAUGCCGACGCGAGAGACUUCAACUCUACCUUUCUCGCAUGGCAGUAACGAAUCCUAACGAAUUUAUGGAUUUCUUGGGACACAAUGAAACGAAUCGAACAAGAAUUGAAUCUGACGGUGGUCCAAGAAUAAUGAAUCAAAAUAUAAUUAACAAUGGAUCAGCGGUGCCAACACGUAGUUGUUUGGCGAUUAAUACAACCUCCAGAUGUCAAAAGAAACAAGUAAAAUUUGAAAAAGAAGUUGUAAAUAAUGAAAAAGCGUCUAGAAAUCCAAGGAAUAAUUUAGAAUGA